AUGGCCAUGGAAACGGUCCAUGAGCAGCAGCAGACCUCAGUUGCCGCACCUGCGGUUUCCGUUACAGACGGUAGCACGUCGACACAGCCGGUGAAUGGGCUGCCAGACAGAAACGUCACCCCUGACACCCUCGAGGAUGCCUUUGUGAGCUUCAUCUUCUACUGCAACCCGGCCAUACCCUGGGGCUCCGAUGCUACGGCUCUGCGCGAGGCAUUCCGUACGCCUCCUAAGAAUGGCGGGAAGAGUUUCGAUACUGCCGUCAUCUACGACCUUGUCAAGCGCUUAUACGCAAAGGAUAUCAAGACCUGGACUGAGCUCACCAUGAUGCUGGGGGUUGCGCCUCCUGAUCCGAGCAAGGACGAGAGUCGUCAGAGGAUCACACAAUACGGUAAAUGGAUGAACUCUCUCCAUGUCAAAUCCUUUUUCGAGUACCUCAUGGGUAUACCAAAUGAGUACUGGAACAAUGUCCCCGACGAUCCUGACCCUGCUAGCCAGCCAGUACGUGACGGCGUUGCCGUCGAGGACGACAUGGUCCUCCGGGCUCUCAUACCGCAUAUGCGGCCCAAGCGCGGUCGAAAGAGGCCCGAUGAGGCCGAGACCCCCUUGUCGGCUCAGCGUCCACGCCUGUCGCCGUCAUCGGCCAUCGACAGCCACAGGCCCGGCGACGUGACCCCUUGGCUCGUACCCGGCAAGGGCCCUCUGUCUGCGCACCCUGACGCGGUUCGAUCUGCACAUCCGGGACUUGGCCUGGGCGAUGGCAGCCAGACGCCGUUCUCCCGAUGGCCCAACUCCGCCAUCACCCCUACCGUCAGGGGCGCCUUCUGGGAUGACGACCCGACGGGGGAACCUCGGUCGGCCAUGUCCCCGUCAUAUACAAAGAUUGGCCGCCAGCGCCGAGGUACCAAGAAUGUGUCCUCGGCCUGGAGGGUUGGAGGCCCAGAAAGCAGAGGCAAGACGAGGGGCCGCCCUCCCGUCAAUCGUACGCCCGUCGAUGCCCCCGGGGAGCUUGCCCCCAGAGCGGCCGCGAUGCAGCCCGUUCUCGGAGUGGGCGAACCAUCUUCGGCCACUCACCAGCUGCCCGAGACCCCCUCGGGGGUGCCAUAUUCGCGCCCUAAGCGGACCAUGACAGCACCUGCCCUAUCGUCCGGAUCACAGAACGGCACACAUAUAGAAGGCCAGAGGCCAGCCCGACCUAGCAUAUCUCUCCAGGUGCCCCAGCGGACCGGCGGGGCCGUGCGGCUCGCAACGCCGCCGCCGCCGCCAGCACUUCCCACCCCCCAUGCCUGCCGACCACCAGCCGUGGUAAUCUUGUCAGAAGAGGAUGCCAGUCAGGGACAGCAGCCCGGCGAGAGGAAGCACAGCAACGGGUGGCCCACGCGGGUGGAGCAUGCUGUUAACGAGGACCGGUGUCGCUGCAAGGGCGCGCACCACCGCUCCGCGGACGCUCGGCACUCGGGCAUGGGCGACUGCAUAGAUGACUACCACUUUGAGCGUACCGAGGACCGCACUAACGUUGACAUGCUGCUCAACUACUUUAUGCGCAUGGCGCGCGAGGGCGACUGGGUCGACGCGGACGGUCGACCGGCCGAACGCCCCGCGCCCGACGAGAUGGCGGGCAUCGUCAACGCCAUGGUCGAGGAUAUCUACCGCAACUCGCCCUCGCCCGAGACCUUCCUCGUCAACCUCGGGGCGCUAGCGGGGGCCAGGAUGCUGAUGCCCUCCCCACCCAAGUACUCGCGCCUACCUGACGGGGACCGCUGCCACAAGUUCGCCAUCUCGUGGGAGUACCGGUUCAGCAGCAUAUCCGGGGCCUUCUCCAUGACGCAGGUCGUCCCGUGGAGCAUGUGGAGGAGACCGAGCGUGGGGCAGCAGCAGAACCACCAGCAGCAGCACUCCGGUGAAGGAAGCUGCGGCUCUUCGGACGGAAAUGAGAACGUAUUGACAGCUGAUGACUGGAAGCGAAAGUACGAGGCUCUACAGGCGGAGAUGGGUGAGAGGGAGAAGGAGAGGGAGCUCGCGCAGGCGACGGCGCAGCGUCAUCACGGGAAGGAUGCGACCGUAUAG